AUGGCUUUGGACCAGCCUAUCGCAGAGGAGCCUAUCAAGGAAGAGGUCAGCAGCAGCGAUGGUAACGCCAUGAAGGAAGAACCCGUCGACGAAGAAUUCACACAACAAGCCAGUCCGAGAGCGCCGAGAAAAGAGCAUAACCAGGGCCAGUCGACCUUCUUUCGGCAGCUGCCUCCGGAGAUACGGAAUCAGAUUUACAGGCAUUUCUGGGUCUCGGCCGGGGUCGAACGACAUGCCUUUCUACGAAACAGGAAACUCCUGUUUUCUCCCUGCAUUACGGACCACGAGGCGCCUGACGAGCGGCAGAUCGGAGUCGCCAAAGACUUUGAAAAGUCUUCUUCUACCGCGGAGGUCCAGCCUCACCCGAAAUGGUUCAAGAGGAUGACUUCCCCAUGGUGUAACCACUGGAAAUGCGAAAGGUUAUGGGAAGAUAUCAGAGACGGACGUGAGGUAGAUGGGAACAAGACGCAAGCAUACAUGUCUCUUCUCCUGUCGUGUAAGAGGAUAUACAACGAAAGCAUAGAAUCCUUCAGAGAAGCCAAAACCCUGACGAUUACCGACGGCCAAACCCUCCACCGCAUCCUCCGCUGGCCCCGCCCCAAAUACCUCCACCAAGCCCGCCGCCUCAAUAUCUCCCUCCGCCACGACAGCGGCAACUUCCUCUACCUCAACGGUGCCUCCAUGUGGCACAUACUCUCCGAGCAGGACUCGUGCGUCGCCGAGAGCAUCUACCUCUGGCUCGACGCCGAGUGUCCCGUCACGCGCCGCCUGCUGCCCGAGUUUCGCGAGCUGUUCAACUGCGUGCCGGCUUCCGUAGCGGCACGGCUGACGGUUGAUUUCCCCUGCGACGCAGACGAUGGGUUCUGGGCGUGGGAGGACGGGACGGAGAUUGAGGGUCAGGAGGGGGGCGGGGGCAAGGUGAAGAGGUUGGGGCCGCUGGUGCCCGAGUUUCGGGUUGUUGCGAGGGGGAUGCAGAGGUUUAAUGAGACUUCGGCGGGGUAUGUUAGUUGUGUUGACCGGGGGAAGCCGAGGAGGAGGGUUUUGAGGGCGAGUAAUCCGUUUGAGGAUAUUCUGCUGUAUGGGAGAGGAUUCGUUGAUGGGUCGUAUGUGUAG